UGUUAAAAUUACCUAACAACAUUUGACAACACAUGCGAACCCAUAAUAAUAAUAGAAUAAAAUCGUUGAACUGGAAAGGAAUGAAGUAAACCCGGCCGGAAUCAGCUGAAAAUGCAUACGGAUCUGUCCGCCCACCUGCACACGCCCGCUUGCAACAAGUUAAUCGAGGAACUCCAGGCCUGUCACGAAAAUAACGCCUUUGGCAAAUUCGUGGGCGUGUGCAACUCCAUUGACGAUAAGGUGGUUAAGUGUCUAAAAGGCGAACGUAUUGCCCGAUCGGCCGCCAAUCGCGCCAGAGCCCGCGAACGUCAGGCGAAAUACAAGGAGAAGCUGCUCCAGGGUGAGAGUAACUAGCUGGACCUACAAACUACCAAGAUGUCAGCCGUAU